UCCUUCACCAUGGUUUUUCCCACUGGGUUUUCCUGGUAAGGUUUUAAUGAGGCAACAUUCCCCAGCGCAUUAUCGAGAUCCCGAUUGACCAUCAGGACCGGUUACUCUGUCCAAGGGGGAGUGUUAUAAUACAUCAUAUUGGACUUAUAACCGGUCCCAAUAAGCCCAUCAGGGUUAUUCAUUAUGUAUUGUAUCCCGAUGUACUUCUAUAUAUUCCCUUGAGGAUCAAUAAAAUAAUUAGUUCUACACUUAUAAAUAAAAAUAUUUAAUAGUUUAGAGUAAAGUUGAAGAAUAAAAAAAUUAAUCUCUAAAUUGAGGCCCACGAUAGAAUUUGUCUCAGGCGCGUAAAGCUCAAAACCCUAAAUUUUGAUUGAGCUCAAUGGCGAAUUCACAAUUGUCGUGGAAGAAGCAUAAGCCGUCGAAAUAUCCCACCUCGAACCCGUCACUUCCAUAUGAUUUGAUAGUGAGCAUAUUAGCCCGCGUCUCGAGAUCGUAUUACACAAAUCUCUCCUUAGUCUCUAAAAUCUUCCGAUCGAUCCUUGCUUCACCGGAGCUUUACCAAACCGGAACCCUCUUAGGUCGAAUCGAGACCUUUCUCUAUGUUUGCUUACGCUUCCUUGAUGAAGCUAACCCUGGCUGGUUCAAUCUUUACCGGAAAUCUAAUCAAACCCUAACCGAUCAAACCACUAAGAAGAAGAAGACGAAGAAGAAGAAGAAGAAGAAGAAGGAGAAGUCAAGUGUUAAUCUUUUGGCUCCAAUCUCAGUCCCCAACUCUCCUCCUGUGGAAUGGUCAGCUAUCAUAUCUGUUGGUCAUAAUCUCUACGCCAUUAGCGCAGAUUUCGAAAAGGCUCCUUACUCUAACGUUCCUUUUCUUGAUUGUCGAACUCACACUUGGCAUGAAGCUCCAAGAAUGAGACUGGCUCACACUAGUAGUGUAUUUGAAAGAAGAAUGUAUUUACCAGGAAGCUCUGAAAAGCCUGAUUCUUUGAACUGUGUUAAAGUUUACAACACAAAGACUCAAACUUGGAAACCGGUGCCGCCCGAAAAACGGAUAUUCGAAUUGGAAAAUUUGGAAGGAAAGGUUUACUACAAAUUUGAUUUAGUGUCUGCUGGGAAAGGUCUGACUUUGAGCUCUAAGUCGAAGAAUUUGACAUGCGGAUUGGAUACAGAUUUAUAUCGAUAUUUUUCUUGUAUGAUAGAGAACAUAACCUAUUGUUAUUGGGAUGGAAAUUUUGUUUGGAGAAAAUUUGAGGGUAUAGCAGUUAACAGAAUGUUAAAGGGUAUAGAAGGGCUACCUAAGUUUUCUAGAUAUUGUACUGUUAAAUUGGCGGAGUAUGGCAGCAAGCUGGUGAUUUUGUGGGACAAGUGUGUAGCUGCCAGUGGGUAUAAGGAGAAGAUGAUUUGGUGUGCAGAGAUUUCGCUUGAAAUGCGCAACAGUGAAGAGAUUUGGGGGAAGGUCGAGUGGUUCCAUGCGGUGCUUAGAGUCCCUAAGUCUUACAAAAUCUUGUGUGCUACUGCUGCUACUCUUUGAUUAAUGGCUCAUGACACAAGUAUGAAGCUUUCUUUUAUUUAGUAUGUCACAAUUGAAGGAAUGUCUUGAAUUUUUUUUCGGAAUGCAGUUGACAUUGUUUUCGCUUAGAAACAUCUGUACUCAUUUGCUUCUUGAUGAUUAAAGCUCAUUCUGUGACUCUCUCUUGAAAAACCUUGUUGAUGUCAACAUCG